AUGGUUCUUACAGAGGCUGAACUUUUUCAGCUUGCUGCUGACAUCAAGCUUCUGAUUGAAACAAUCGCAGUUAGUAAAAAGGAAUGGGACGAUUUGCAAAUCACAAAAAUUAACGGUCUGUUCAAAAUGUCACAUGAUUGUGCAAAUGUCGAAGAUCGUAAGAUUAUGGACGAGCUUAAAGCUGAAGAGGCUCGUGUCGUGAAAGUAUUAAAAGACAAUGAAAAGCUUAUGACGGAAUUGACUGAGAGACUAAUGAAAGCUAUUGCGGAGAAAGAGGCUUCCUUAUCUAAAGCUUCCUCAUCUAAAUAA